UUGCAAUGCAGUUUUCACUUCAUGGUUUACUCUCUCUGUGAAUGAUGGCAGCAUUGAAGUUGUGUUGUCUCAUACAUUGCUGAAAACAUGGUAAAACAGUUUGAAAUCAAGUUCAGCGAUGAAUUCAACGCUCUGCCAGAUGGGUUUUGGUCUGCGGUGGACGUUUGGAUAAAGAAGCCCCAUGUUGUGAAUAAGCGACUCUGUGGCGCUACACAGACUGAAGACAGAGACAUAGACAUCAGAGAACUGGAAGAUUUCGUAUCCAAAUUGACUAAGUGUGGCACUGAUGAACUCAGCGAAGUUGUCUCCCUUUUGGACAGUAGUACAAACCAUGAUGCAGACCACCCGAUACACAGACAGUGGUCUCUCUCAGUCAGGACAAUUAUCCCUAAGGUGAACACAUACGGGACCAACGUACACAAAGAAAUUAUAGUCAAAGAUAUUGGAAGACAAAGUGUGAUAUUUUUGCCUAUUGAGCAGGAAAAUGGUGACGUCCAUCUGCUCAGGAAAAGCAACAUAUACCAAAUUCAGCUACACGGGGUUACAAAUGAGGAGUGGAUGCUGUCGCUCCGCGUUCUUCACCCCGAGGAGUGGCUUUGCGACGGUGUGGCCUACCCCAAACUGCCCUGGCUGGGCCGCGAGCUCCUGCCUAAGCUGGCACGCUGGGCCACGGAGACCCACAGCAGCGAGUUCAAGAGCACCCUCUCCCUCAUCUCCGUGGAGAAGUACAGCCUCUGCUACCAGCAGCUCAAGGACAAGUACAAGGACAUGGUCAAGGUUUGGCCUGAAGUCACAGAUCCAGAGAAGUUUGUCUAUGAAGAUGUGGCCAUCGCCACGUAUCUGUUGGUCAUGUGGGAAGAGGAGCGUGCUGAGAAGGGUUUGACAGCCAAACAGUCUUUUGUGGACCUUGGCUGUGGCAAUGGACUCCUGGUUCACAUUCUGAUCAACGAAGGGCAUCCGGGAAAGGGCAUUGACGUGCGCAAACGCAAGAUCUGGGACAUGUACGGCCCAGACACGCAUCUAGAGGAAGCGGCGAUCUCGCCGGGCGAAGGCUGCCUGUUCCCCCACGCUGACUGGCUGAUUGGAAACCACUCUGAUGAGCUCACACCCUGGAUCCCCCUCAUCGCAGCCAGAUCGUCCUUCUCCUGUCGAUAUUUUGUGCUUCCGUGUUGCUUCUUCGACUUCUUUGGGAAGUACCAGAGGCGACAGUGUAAGAAGUCGCAGUACAGAGAGUACAUCGAGUUCAUCGCGGAGGUCAGCGCUCAGUGUGGCUACAACACCGACGAGGACUGUCUCAGGAUACCCUCCACCAAACGGGUGUGUCUGGUGGGAAAGAGUAGGAGCUACGUAGCGUCUGAGGAGUCUUUAGCAGAGGAGCGCAGACGGAACCUCCUCAGACUGCGUCAGUGCCCCCCCCCAGGCCCCCCGGGCGAGCACCAUCACCAUGGAGACGUUGGCGGACAGGAGGAGGGCGGUUGCCAUGACGCCUGGGGCAGUGGGGUCUUCCAGCCCCGCGAGAGGAUUGAAGCGGUGCGCAACUGUGGAGGAUUGCCACGGGAGUUUGUAGACGGGGUGGUGCUCCACGUCGCCAACACACUCCUGGGCCAGACGGAAGAGAGGGAGGAAGAGAAGGACAAGGAGGAGGAGGAAGAGAAGGAGGAGGAAAAGAGUGACAGAGACACCUGGAAGACUGGAGGCAGUCUGUCCAUCGGAGAGGUGGCUGAGCUGCUGGAGGCAUCCACACUGCUGAGGCUGAAGAAGGAGUGUGGGGGUCUGCAGACGCUCCUGAAAAACAACCACCAGGUGUUCAGAGUGAUGGGGGGUAGGGUGCAUAUUCGGGACUGGAGGGCAUCAGUGUUGAGCGGCGGGGUGGCAGGCAGAGGCAAAGCCAAGCGUAAGCCCCCGACGCCAGAGGGCGCUGUGAAGACCCGGCCUUGCUGGUUCCAUGCCCACCACCCCGGCGGGUGCCCGCUGCCCACCCAGCAGUGCCCCUUCGCCCACGGCCACGCUGACCUCAGGCCCUCCACCCGACCAAUCAAGAAACCCAGACACUGAUGAUCAGUGGGUCAUGUGACUGAGGAGAGGCCUGUGAUUGGCUGGAUAUGUUCCUGGAAGGAGCUCAGAACCAGGGCUCAGCUGGGCAUACUGUGUGACCCUUGAGAGAAUGAGGAGAAAGGUGGAGGAGAUGGAGGUGGUGGAGGAGGUGGAGGAGAUGGAGGAGGUGGAGGAGGUGG